AUGCCUCCUCGCCACCAGACGCUCCCCCCUCCCCAGACGACGGCGGCCCGCGAGGCCCAAAAGUCGUUUUACUGCACCCUCUGCUCCAAGGGCUACUCGCGCAUGAACGAAUACGAUGCCCACCUUAGCAGCUACGACCACAGCCACAAGCAGCGCCUCAAGGAGAUGAAGCAGAUGGUGCGCGACCCCAACGCCGGCGUCCGCGCCCGCAAGGCAGAGGCCAAGGCCGACGGCCUCGUCAGCAUCAAGCUCGGCGACAAGGACAAGGACGCGGCCGUCAAGAAGCCCGGCUUUAAGCGCGGUGGCUUCAAGAGCGCCUUUGCGCCCAAGGAGGAGGAGAAGCCCGCCCCCGAAGUUCACAUCGCUCGACCCGAGCCGCCCGUCGUGGCGCCCGUCGCCCGCGCCGCAUUGAUGGACGACAGUGACAGCGACAACGAAGGCUACACGUGCUACGACCCGCGACGGCCGACCAACUAA